AUGGGCCACGCAGCAGCACCAUCCAUACCUGUAACGACCAUUCCUGGCACCAUCCCUGGGGUUAUCCUCUACCAUGCACAUACGUUGUUGCUCUUCACAUGCGAUCAGAUCCUCGACACGGUCAUUCCUGGCACAACCUUCGGGAUUACUGCGGCUACCUCAGGUCCGGUACUAGACUUGCCGGCGCAAAAUAUCACGUCCAUUUUACAACGCAUACUAUUGGUGGCAGUCUGGCUGUGGCUGGUCAUUCUCCAAUUCUGUCUACAGAACCAACGCAACCCAGGAUCAGUGGAGGAAGAUAGUAUAAACAAGCCCUGGCGUCCAAUUCCAUCGGGACGCGUUACUAGUGCUCAGGUAGAGUAUCUCCUGAUCGCAACGCAUAUUCUUGCCAGCGUUGCAAGCUGUUGCCUUGGCGUAUUGCCGAUCUUCGUGGUUUACAUAAUCUUGAUUACAGCGUACAACGACUUUGGCGGUGGCGACCACAACGGCAUCCUUCGUAAUCUGUUUUGUGGCGCUGGUUUCUCUUGCUACUUCAGUGGUGCAAUGAGUAUCGCUCUUGGACCGGAUAUCUCGAUGAGCUUUCAGGCAUGGAAGUGGACGCUGUUGAUCACGUUUUGUAUUCUUGCAACCACAAUCCAGACACAGGAUUUCCGCGAUGAAGCAGGCGACAAAGCUCGCAACCGGAGUACUCUCGUUACGAAAUUGGGUAGAAAGCCGGCACUGUGGACCGUCAUCAUUCUAGUUCCAUUAUGGUCUCUAUAUACAACUCUGGUCUUCUUCGAAGGCGGCUGGAAAAUGGCUGUCAUACCAGUUGUACUUGGUGGAACUCUAGUCACCACGGCUUUCCAAGCUAUGGGCGGAGACAUGCAUGAGCUGGAUCGACGGAUGUAUAAGAUCUGGUGUCUUUGGAUGUUUGGACUUUGCCCAUUACCUGUCAUGAAGAUAAUUUGGUCAUGA